AUGGACCAGCAAUCCAUGUCCUUGUCAACCUGUCAUCAUGAUUCUUGCUUUUUAUUUGCUCCGGGAAUUAAUAAAGGUUUGGCUGCCAAGAUGUGA